AUGAUUGAUUCUUUUGAAUUAACAAGAUUAUGUGAUUAUGAAAAUGUUAAUAGUCACUUAAUAAAAAUAGGAUCUUUUAAUAUUUUAUGUGAUUUACCAUUAGAUCCAAAAGAAAUAUUAAAUUUUAAAAAAAACAUUUUAAGUUCUAAAGAUUUUGAUAAUAAAAAAAAUGAGUGUAUAAAUUUAAGUAAUUUAGAAACAUAUUCUUUAUCAAAAAAGUUAUUAUUAGACAUAAGUAAUAUUCCAUUAAAAAUUCAUAUUGUUUUGAUUUCAUGUACUGAAUGUUUCAUGGGUUUACCAAUAUUUUGUAAGUAUUUUGAUAUUAGUGAAACACAAAUAAUAUGCACAAAACCAGUAUUUACAUUUUCUAUGAGUGCAGUGGAUAAUUUACAAAAAAAAGAAGAUUAUUUACCUUUAUGGAAUGAAGAAUAUACCCACACUAGUUUUAAUGAGAAAAUUUUAAAAAAUGAUGAAUAUUUUGAUUUAAAAUUAAAUUUUAAAAAUUCCUUACAUUUGUUAUCUUAUAAAGAAAAAGUUAGUUUCAAGCAAAAUGAUGAAAUAAUUAAUAUAACUUUAUAUAGUAGCGGUUAUUCUUUAGGUAGCUCUAAUUUUCUUAUAACAACCGAUCUUAUUAGCAUUUUUAUUGUCAAUAAAAGUUCUUAUAAUAUAAAAAGGCAUCCAUCACCAUUUGACACUACUUGUUUAGAAAAAGCAGAUUUUGUUAUAUUUACUUCUUAUUUUUCUAAUAGUCAAAAAUAUUUUAUAAAAAAUGAAUUCAAUAAAAAUGAUGAAAAUCUUCCAAAAGAGGAAAAUUCUGUAAAUGAUCCAAAUCAAUUAAUAAAUGAGAAUAAUUCAAAAAGUGUUAAUUAUUCAAAUGAUGUGAGAAAACUAAUUCAAAAAAAAUUAAUUGUAUACAUUGAAAAAUCAUAUAAGGAUAGUUUAAAUAAAAUAUGUUCAAUUGUAUUAGAAACCAUAAAAAGAAAAGGUUGCGUAUUAAUUCCUGUUGAUUUACAUUUUUUAUAUUUUAUUGAACUAGUUGAAUUGAUAGGAGUGAUAAUAAGUAAAUAUUUAACUAAAGAAGAGCAAGUGUUAAUUUUUAGUAUAAUAUCUAAUAUAAAUAAUGUAAUACAUCAAGCUGAUUUAUGUGCAGAAUGGGUAGAAGAAUCAAGAAAAAAAAAAUGUAGUAAAAUGUCAAAUCCUCAAGGUCCAUUUUCUAUCGAAAUUAUGAUAAAGAAUAAUAGAUUAAUAGUAGGAAACAUUAUGAAUGAUAUAUGUAAAAAUUUUAGAUAUCCAUGUGUUUGUUUUAUUCAAGAUUCUACACUAAGAUUUUUUGAAUCUUCUAUUUUAUUAGAAAAAUGGGCAUUCAGUGAAAAUAAUUCUAUUAUCUUUAUUGAUCCUUUUUAUGAUCCAAUUUCCAUUUUAUAUCCUUUUAAUAUUUUUAAUAAAAAAAUUAACACGUAUUACUGUCCUCUUUUAUGGGAUCUUAAUGAAAUGAAUAUUAUUGAUAUUAUGAAUAGUAAUACCAAUAAAAAAUGUAUUUAUAUAUUGCCUCAUACAUUACAAAAUAUAUUCAAAAAGAAUCAAGAAAUUUUCAAAGAUAAUGCAAACUGUAAAAUUAAUAACAACAAUGUAGAUUAUGAACGUAGUAGUAAUGAAAAUAAUACAUUAGAAAGAGAUGAAAAUAAAAAUGAAAAUGAUUUUGUUAUAGAUUACUAUAAAAGAAAGUUUUUAUUGGACAUAAAAAAUAAUAUAAUAUAUUUAUAUCCUCUAAAAAAAAAGAUAAUAUAUAAUAAAUUUAUGGAAUUUAAUAAAAAAAUGCAACCUGUCCGCUUUUCAAUUGAUGGUUCAAGUAAUUUAGAAAAAAUUCUAAAAAAAAUAGAUAAUUUCUAUUGUGCGAAAGUUAAAUGUAAUUAUACUAGUUCCUUCAUGGGUGAUUAUAUAAAAGAAAGUCAUAUAGAACAACAAAGACAUGAAUAUAAUAUAGAAGAAGAAAAAAAAAAAAAAUAUAUAGAUGAAAGCAAUAUUGAUUUAAUGUUUGGUUCUAUAAAUGUUGAUGAUUUAAUAAAUAAUUUGUUAGAUUAUGGUUAUAAUAAAAAUGAUAUAACAGUACAUUAUCCAGAUGAUAAUAAAUCAUAUAAAGAGGAAAAUGAUUAUUUAUGGUUUAUUCUUAUUAAAUCUAUCAAUUCCAAAAUAAUUUGUUAUACAAAAUAUGACAUUGAAGUAUUUAGUAGUAGUGUAAUGUUAAGACAACAAAUUAAACAAAUUUUAAACAAAUUAACAAAUCAUUUGUAA